AUGCACAGGUGUCAGGGAGGGUGGACUACAGCCCGCGGACCUGCACACUCCGCCGCCUCCGCUGGUGCCUCACACCACCCUCGCCCUGCCCGCCCCUCGGUCAACACAAAGCGGGCGCUCCCCGCGGCCGGCCUCCGCGCGUCCUCCACGGGUCACUUAGGCCGCGGCGUGCGUCCUUCAGCCCCUGAGCCCCGGCACCGUCCCUGCCCGCCCCAGCGCUGCUUUGGCACCUCCGCACCAGGCGCCCUCGCUCGGGACUCACUCAGCUCGACUGCGGGAAGGGAAGGAGCAAAAACGCUAAAUCCCGUGCCGCAGAAACCCAAACCCAGUGGAUCUGAAAUGCCUAAUCUGAACUUCCGCCCCGCCCUUCAGCUCACCAAUCAAUCAAAUUACAGGUUUCGUGAGUCCGCUCUAGGCGGCUCAGAGUACUCUGUGCUCCCGCAGUUCUGUUCUUUCCUGGUGCGUCGGUACAAGCCCUCCGGCGGAAUCGCCGGGUAGGACGGCGCAGGCGCAGAGGUGUCGCCGGCUGCGUGCAGCGGCAAAGGAAGGAAGGGACCCAACAACGAGCAUCCCUGCGGACGCUCCUCGGCCGGAAGCUGUUCCCUGGACUCUGGGCCCGGCCUUUCCUGACCUAGGACGUCUCACCGCGCACUGUCCCCCUCUCUCGGGCGCCUUUCCCCUCACCUCCAAGUAGUAACGAAGCUCAGAAUACAGCUCGCGCCCACUGUGCACCUAGCGCUUCUCACUUGUAGUCUUUUGAUCUUACCUCCCUCUCGAGAAGGCUGCUGCCAUGGCUCAAAUGAGGAAGCCGAGGUACAGGACGAUUUCAGACCUGUUCCGGUGGAGAUGGAAUUCGAGAACCAACCGCUUGCCGAGAUGCGCGUGCGGAACGGGCGGCGGGCGGGGGUGAAGCAGAGGGAGGGGAGAGGCCGGGUACCACGCGGGCCGGUGAGGAGCACGGGCCAGGAGGGAGGACUUAGCAAAAUCGAAAGGAAAGCAGCCUGUCGUCAGCGGGACAGUGGGAGCAUUAAGACAUCAGGGAAUGAGGCCGGGCGUGGUGGCUCACGCCUGUAA